AUGCUUCUGAUUUGGAGGAGCGACCGAGUGAAGUGCGUUGACUUUCAUCCUACAGAGCCAUGGACUUUGUCAGCUCUGUACUCAGGCAACAUCUUCAUUUGGGAUUACAACACCCAGACUCUAGUGAAGCAAUUCGAGGUUUGCAAUUUGCCAGUGCGGUGUGCAAAGUUCGUCACUCGCAAACAGUGGAUCGCGACUGCCUCCGAUGACAUGCAUAUUCGAGUCUUCAACUACAACAGCUUGGAAAAAGCACAUGAGUUUGAGGCUCACACAGACUACAUCCGGUACAUCGCCAUCCAUCCCACUUUGCCUUACCUCCUGUCCUCAUCAGACGACAUGUCCAUCAAGCUGUGGGAUUGGGACAAGAACUGGCAGAACCUUCAGGUUUUUGAGAGCCAUGCGCACUAUGUGAUGAUGUGCCAAUGGAACCCGAAGGAUACAAACAUUUUUUGCUCGUGCUCCCUGGAUCGCUCCAUCAAGGUUUGGGGAGUUUCAGGUGGAGCAGGUGGUUCAAGCAGUUGCCACUUUACAUUGACUGGACAUCAGCGCGGAGUGAAUUGUGUGGAGUACUCUCCGGGUGGUGAGAAACCAUACAUUAUCUCUGGGUCCGACGACAGAACUGUCAAGAUCUGGGACUACCAAACGAAGCAGUGCAUACAGACCUUGAGCGGCCACACCAACAAUGUCUCAUAUGCGCUUUUCCACCCUGCCUUGCCCAUCAUUUUGACGGGUAGUGAGGAUGGAACUGUCAGAAUAUGGCAUGGUUCCACAUACCGACUGGAGGCGACACUUAGCUAUUUUCUGGAGCGCGUGUGGUCUAUUGCAGUGCUCAAAGGAUCCAACACAGCAGCUCUUGGUUAUGAUGAGGGUACAGUAGUCAUCAAAUUGGGAAGUGAGGAACCUGUUGCAUCGAUGCACUCUGGUAAGAUCAUCUGGGCCAAAGGCAACGAGAUUCAGACCGCAAACCUGAAGCUCCUGGAUGAGGGUGUCACAGCACGAGAGGGUGAGAAAGUUCCCCUCAGCGUGAAGGACAUGGGUGCAGCAGAGGUCUUCCCCCAGUACAUCGCCCACCAUCCCAAUGGCCGACUGUUUGCAGUGUGCGGCGACGGUGAGUUUGUCAUCUACACGGCUCAGGCUCUGCGAAAUAAGUCGUACGGACCUGCCCUGGAGUUUGUUUGGGCCCACUCCGGUGCCUAUGCCACUCGAGACAGCAACGGAAAGAUCACGGUCUUCCAGGACUUCAAGGAGAGCUUUUCCUUCAAGCCUCAAUUCAAUGUCGAGGAGAUUUUUGGAGGCCGUCUGCUAGGAAUCCGCGGUGGUGACUUUAUUUGCUUUUACGACUGGACCGAGUACCGCCUGGUUCGCCGCAUUGAUGUGGUGCCCAAAGACGUUAUUUGGUCUGAAGAUGGGAACAAUGUGGUGCUCAUGUGCCCAGACUCCUUCUAUGUGCUGAGGCACGACAAGGAGGCCGUCCAAGCAGCGCUGGUCUCUGGUGUUGCAGUGGACGAGGACGGGAUUGAAGCAGCCUUCGAUUUACAGAAUGAGAUCAGUGACAAGGUGAUAAGCGGCCUGUGGGUUGGAGACUGCUUUGUCUACAUUUCUCACGCCCAGCGCCUCACCUGUUUGGUGGCCGGCUCACAGGAGACCCUUGCACAUUUGGACCGAGUUCAGUACUUACUGGGCUACAUGCCGGAGCAAUCAAAGAUUUAUCUCAUUGACAAAGAGCUCAAUGUAACCCCUUUCACCCUCCACAUGGCUUUGAUAGAGUACCAGUCCGCAAUCAUGCGCAAGGACUUUCCAACUGCGGAGACCUUCUUUGCACAACUGCCCGAGUCAUUGCACAAUCGCAUUGCACGGUUUCUGGAGAACCAGGGCUACCAAGCGGAGGCUUUGCAGAUCUCGAAGGACGAUGAGCAUCGCUUUGAGCUGGCGACGCAGCUGGGCAAGCUGCAAAUGGCCGCGGAUAUCAUAGUCAGCAUCUCUGCGCAGGCAAACCCAGCAAUGCCUCCCCGCGGCAAGUGGAAGAACUUGGGAGAUGUUGCACUGGAGCAAGGUGAUUUCACUUUGGCAAAGCGUUGCUUCAGCGAAGCGAAGGACCUUGGAGCUCUCUUUCUACUCUACACUUCAGUUGGCGAUGCAGAUGGUGUCCUGGACACUGGCAAGCUUGCAGAGGAAAGCAACAUUGGGAACAUUGCAGUGCUAUGCUACUUGCUGCUGGGUGAAACCAAGCGAGCAUUAGAGGCUUGA